GGGCACUGUGUAGAGAAGGGAAGCCAUGUGUCUGUGGAGCAAGCUUUAGAGCAGAGAAGCGAGGAUAAGGGUAAGUAAGCUGUGAUGUCUGAGGCUCAUAGGGGCCAAGGAAAGUUUCAAUUUGGGUCCAAUAUUGCUAGUGCCUCUAGAACAAAGACAAUUGAAUCUUCAAAAGCUAGAUGGGGUGAUAUGCUUCAAGAGGGGGAAGAUGGUAUAUUGCCCCUGCAAAAACCGAAGCCAAUAAGGAGCGGGUCUUCUGUAGUCCAAGAGAAUACAGAUAUAAGGAAGGGUUGGGAAUUGCAAUAUGUAAAGCCUCAGGAUCCUUUUGGUGUAGUGGUUAUAACUAAGGACGAAUGGAAUGAGAGGUCCAAGAUUUGGCAGAAUGCUCUUGUUGGGCAUGUGUUGGGCAUUAAGCCUAGUUUCAAGGACAUGGCUAAUUUUGUGAACAAUCAGUGGAAGGAAUUUCAAGUGCCUAAAGCUUUUAUACUACGUAAUGGAGUGUUUUUAUUUGACUUUGUUGAUAAUGAUGCAAAGCAGGCUGUGCUUGAAAAGAAGUGGACGUUCAAUGAUCAUCCUUUAAUGCUUAAACAAUGGACUCCAAAUGUUGAUCUAGAUAAUUUGGAUGUCAGUAAGAUUCUAGUUUGGCUUCAAUUUCCUGAUUUGCAUUUGAGUUUAUGGAAGCCUAAGAGUUUGGGCAAGAUUGCAAGUUACUUGGGGAUUCUAAUUGCUACAGAUGCCUUGACUUCUAAAAGACAAAGGGUAUUGUUUGCUCGUAUGCUGGUGGAGGUUGAAUUUAUGGAGCAAUUACUUAGAUUGGUACCUAUGGUGGGUCCUAAAGGGAUUUUUCAACAACCAUUAAUUUUUGAGUGGGCCCAUGUUCGUUUUGGUAAAUGUAAUAAUCUUGGACAUGAAGAGAUGAAUUGUAGGGCAAAAACUAGGAAGAUAUGGGUGGUAAAGCAACCUAUUAUUGAGUUAGUACAACAUAAGGUGCUAGUUCCAAAUGUGGAAAUUACAACAUCUAAAGUUAAAGCUCAGGUUGUAAAUACUACGAGUGAUCAACUGCUCAAAAUGAACUCAGAAGUAACUUCAAUACAACUUGAGAAAACUGAUUAUCAUUGUGGAACUAUUGUGGUAGUGCAAAAUUAUGAGAAGAUUGAUUUGGUUGAAAAUGCUAUUGGUAGUAAAGGAAAUAUGCAGGAGGUGGUACAGGCCUUUUUUGAAAGGGAUGUGGAAGCUGUUGUGAAGUCAAUUCCUAAUGGUAAAUCUCCUAGUCUUGAUGGGUUUACUGUAGUUAUGGAAUAUUUGACGAGGAAGCUGCAAGAACUUGAAACAGAUGCACAUUUCAGGUUUCAUGCUAAAUGCAAAACUAUGAAGUUGACUCAUUUAAUUUUUGCUGAUGAUGUUGUGCUUUUCUGUAAAGUAGAUGAAAAGUCUCUAGCAUUGAUGAUGCAUAAGUUUGAUGAAUUUUUGAGAGUCUUUGGAUUGGAGGUAUAUUGGAGUGGAGCUCUUUUGCUGCCAAAAAAGGUUCUCAAGAAUAUUAAUUCAGCAUGUAGGAAUUUUAUUCGGAGUGGGAAGUGGAAUCAAAGUGCCAUGGCUUUGGUAGCAUGGGAUGAUAUGUGUACUCCCAAGUGUGAGGGUGGGCUUGGUAUUAAGCAAUUGGACAUGUGGAAUAGAGCUACCUUGAGUAAGCUAGUGUGGCUCAUAUGCAAAAAUCAUGAUAAUAUUUGGGUCUGUUGGGCAAAACAAGUGUUAUUGAAAGGUAAAAAUUUUUGGGAAGUAGAGAUCCCAACUAAUUGUGCCUGGACGUGGAGGCAGGUUCUAAAAUUGAGACCAGUGUUGAAGAAGUAUAUCUGGGUACAAGUGGGAGACGGAAGGCAAACUUCAUUGUUCUAUGAUUGGUGGAUGGGUGAAUCAAGACUCAAUGAUAAUCUCUCAAGUUCAGAUAUCUCAACUUGGGGGCAUGAUCUACUAGUUUGUGAUUGGUGGAAUGGGAAGGAAUGGAGCAUACCGGAUAGUUUUGUGAGAAGGCAUCCUCAUAUUGUUGAAGUUAUUUCUCAGCAAAGUCUAUCUCGGUCAGCAGAUGUUGCACUGUGGAAAGCAACUAAAAAUGAUGGAUUCAGCGAGCUUGCAAGGGAAGAAGAGUGAGUAAGAGGAAGAUAAGAACUGCACUUGCUGCCACUAUUUAUCUUAUUUGGCAUGAGAGAAAUUAUAGAAUUUUUCAAGGGAAAAUGAGGUCUGGUACAUUGAUAUGUAGAGAAAUUUUGAGUUUUAUGAGAUUAAAGUUUUGAUGUCAGAGAUUUUCCCUGGGUAUGCCGGAUGCAAAUGUAUAUAUGAUCUUCAUUUUAAAUGAAAUUGCUUGCCAAUU